UGUGAGUCGUGGCAUGAUCUAUGUGAGUCAUGGCAUGAUCUAUGUGAGUCAUGGCAUGAUCUUUGUGAGUCAUGGCAUGAUCUAUGUGAGUCGUGGCAUGAUCUUUGUGAGUCGUGGCAUGAUCUAUGUGAUUCGGGGCAUGACUUAUGUGAAUCGUGGCAUGAUCUUUGUGAGACGUGGCAUGAUCUAUGUGAGUCGUGGCAUGAUCUUUGUGAGACGUGGCAUGAUCUAUAUGAGACGUGGCAUGAUCUAUGUGAGUCGUGGCAUGAUCUUUGUGAGACGUGGCAUGAUCUAUGUGAGUCGUGGCAUGAUCUAUUUGAGACGUGGCAUGAUCUAUGUGAGACG